CAUCCAUUUUUUAAAAAUGUCAAACUAGUGUUGUAAAUCUUGAUGACUUAGUUGAUAAAAAAAAAAAAAAAUAACCCACCCACCUGGAUCUGGGAUUAAAGAUUAGACCCUUUGUUUCGGAUAAGGAAUUCAGAUUACAACAAAUAAUACGAUUUUUUUUUUUCAAAUUAUGCUCUUUUUUUCCCAACAGAAACACCUCUGUUAGUUGUUGUUAUUGAUCAUUUUUAUCCUUAAUGACAGUGUAUCUCUGACAGCAGGGAUUUAGCCAGCCGCUACUUGACCCGUUACACUGGAAUAAAGGAACACGCUGCCAUAUGUCACCCCUGAGUCACUCACACACACACAGUACACACACAGAGCGAGAGAGCAGGUGGAUUACCUCAGCGCUGCUUAACACAUGGCUGAGAUGCCGCUCGCUUUGACUGACGAGAGCUGACGAGGAAAAAUACAAACAUCCGCUAUCAGAAUGAAGGGCUUCAAGGCUCCAACCAUGUGGCAGAAAUUACAAAUAUACUACCUGGGGAUUCUGAGAAAUGGAGACAAGAGGACGGACAGUUGGCCACUGGUUUACUCUCCGGUGCCCGUUGGUUGUAUCUUUCUGUGUUACCUGUUUAUUAUCUGGCUGGGACCAAAGCUGAUGGCCAACAGGCAGCCGGUCAACCUUAAACCUGUGCUGAUAGUUUACAACUUCGCCAUGGUCUGCCUGUCUGCAUACAUGUUCUAUGAGUUCACAGCCUCUUCUUGGUUGGCCAGAUACAGUCUGCUGUGUCAGCCUGUGGACUACAGUGACAGCCCACUGGCCAUGAGGAUGGCCAGAGUGUGCUGGUGGUUCUACUUCUCCAAAGUUAUAGAGCUCAGUGACACUAUAUUUUUCAUCCUGAGGAAGAAGAACAGUCAGUUGACCUUUCUCCAUGUCUACCAUCACGCCACCAUGAUCUUCAACUGGUGGGCCGGGGUGAAAUAUGUGGCUGGUGGCCAGUCGUUCCUGAUUGGUCAGAUCAACUCCCUGGUCCAUGUGGUGAUGUAUCUGUACUACGGCCUGGCAGCUUUCGGACCGGGAAUGUUGAAAUACCUGUGGUGGAAACGCCACCUCACCUCUUUGCAGCUGCUCCAGUUCUUCAUCGUAACUAUCCACACCACCUACAACCUGUUUGCCGACUGUAAGUUCCCUGACUCCAUGAACAUGGUGGUGUUGGCCUACUCGCUCAGCCUCAUCGCUCUCUUCAGUAACUUCUACUACCACAGCUACCUCGCUAAAAAGAAGGCCAAGAAGACACAGUAAGAGAGACGCAGCGAGACAAAUCAGGUGCAUGUGAACGCAGAGAGAGAAAAGAGCUGACAUGAAAGGAUUUUAAAAACACAGGAAGGUAGCGUAGAGAGGACAAAGGAGAACAACAGAGGGGAUAUAAAAAGAAACGUCUGUUUGUUUGUUAUGUUAAUUCCUUCAUGUUCAUUAUGUUAUGGUAAUUACAGCUUUAUGUACAAAAUACAUUAACAUGUGAAAACCUAUACAGUGACACCUGAACAGUAUUUAUGUUUGUAAUAAAAUUCAACAUUUUUCACCACUUG